AUGGCAACUGCACAGGACAACUGGCCUCCGGACAUCUCGACGGAAAAAGAUGACAUGCCGACCGUCGUCAUCACCGUGGUGAUGACGCUGGUGGCGACGAUAUUCAUCGGCCUGAGGCUGUACGGUUGUGUCUACUUGCUACGACGUCGUCUGUAUCUGGAGGAAUGGCUCAGCGUGAUCAACCAGAUCGACCUCUGGGUGACCGCAGCAUUGGUUAUCUACAUGUACGCGACGACGGGGGCCGGGCGACACUGGGCGACGCUGUCCGCCGAGGAAAAAACGCAGGCCGUCCUCUGGAAUAACAUCCUCACCGGGCCGUUGCUCCUGGGCCUUGGUCUCCCGAAGCUGACGGUGGUGAGCCUCCUGACUCGGGUGUUCAAGCCGGGGCAACUCCACCAGGCCAUACUGUGGAGUAUGGCCAUCAUCUGUGUCAUAAACUUUGCCGUUGCCAUACUGCUGAUUUGGCUCAUCUCGCCCGAUACCCCGUCAGGUGACACCAGCCAUACAGCUAAGGGCAUGGUGGAUUCUUGGGCCUACGUCAAGUUCUGCUACUUUGCUGCCACUUUCUCUUCUGUCGUGGACUUGUACUUCGCAUUAUACCCGGGCUUUGUGUUUCGCAAGCUUGGAUGGGAUACCAAGAAGAAAGCGGUGUUGUCCGGCGUUAUGGGGCUUGGAAUAUGCGCAACCGUCGUGUCAAUAUAUAAAAUCAUGACGCUUAGCGUGUUCGCGUUUGACGAUGAUUUCACCUUUCAACUCUCCAAGACCAUCAUACCAACAGUGGUUGAGGCCAACACGAUAAUGAUCGCGGCUUCCAUAUCGACUUUGCACCCAGUCUACGAUCAAGUACGGAGGAAGUUGAAGAGCUGCGAAGUUGGGAUUUUGGUCCAUGAUGAUGGGAAGAUGCGGAUGGACCGAGUCCAACACGUUUGUCUCCCGCCGGAGCCGAACUCUGACCUACAUCCGGAGGGGGCCAGCGUACAUUGGUCACCCGAGAAAUGA